GAACAGCUGCUUACAUCUGCACAUUGCGUUUUAAUUUGUUAUUUAAUAAGCGCGUUAUGGUAGAGACGUUUUAAUGUGCAAUUUUGUCAAUUAAAAUAAACAAUAUGCAAGCAUUGCGUCACAGGUGCCUGCUGCGGGGCAUUGAAUUGAAUUGGUGCCGCCGACUGCUGACGCAGAGCUACACCGGCAACGAGCAAUUGGAGCUGACAAAUGAGGUGAAACAUCGUAUUGAGACACAUUGGCGACAGCGGCUAAAGAGUGAGCAGUUUGAUGCCAGGCAGAAGUCAAACAAAUACUAUGUGCUGUCCAUGUUUCCCUAUCCCUCCGGCAAUCUGCAUAUGGGCCACGUGCGCGUCUACUCGAUCAGUGAUGCAGUUGCACGAUUCCAUCGCAUGUGCGGCAAGAACGUGUUCCAGCCCAUUGGCUGGGAUUCCUUCGGCCUACCCGCCGAAAAUGCAGCUAAUCAACGAGGCGUGGCACCCGCCGAGUGGACACAACAGAAUAUUGGCCAAAUGAAGCAACAGUUGGAGCGACUCGGAUGUUCCUUUGACUGGUCGCACGAGCUAUCCACGAGUAGUCCCGAGUACUACAAAUGGACACAGAGUUUGUUUCUCAUGCUGCACAAGCAGGGGUUGGCGUAUCAGAACGAGGCACUCGUCAACUGGGAUCCCGUGGAUAAAACGGUGCUCGCCGAUGAGCAGGUCGAUGCCAAUGGCUGCUCCUGGCGCUCGGGCGCCAAAGUGGAAAAGAAGCUGCUCAAACAGUGGUUCAUACGCACCAGUGCGUAUGCCAAGCAGCUGCUUGAUGGCCUCGACGAUCCAACGCUGCGUGAUUGGCGCGAUAUUAUCAAUCUGCAGCGCCAUUGGAUUGGGGAGUGCAAUGGUUACGCCUUCACCCUGCUUACUUCCGCCUCGAAUCUGUUGCGCGUGUGGACAGCCAACCCAGAGCACUUAAAGGAUCCGCAUGCAUUUCUCGUGCUGCGCAGCAAACACUUUCUAUCGAAGGUGGAGAACGCGGCUAAGCUGAGUGUGGAGAAUCCAUUUGCGGGCAGGACGCUGCCUGUGCUCUUCAAUGAUGAGGUCACCUUUCCAGCGCACUGUGAUGUUUAUUUGGCUGCGCCCAGUUUUCGUGCCGAAGAUCGCGAGCUGUGGGACAGCUGCGAUUUGGCUUUUGCCGCCUCUGGCAAGCAAGAGGUACACCUUAAUCCCGGCAACUGGGAAGAGCUGCGCAAGGAGGUGCUACAAGCAGCCAGGCGACUUAAUGUUGGUGGGUAUCGUGUCUCGUCCAAGCUGCAAGAUUGGCUCAUCUCGCGGCAGCGCUACUGGGGCACACCCAUACCCAUUGUGCACUGUCCCAAAUGUGGAGCGGUUCCCGUGCCGGAGCAACAGUUACCAGUUACCUUGCCUCCCCGCGACGCUGGUAAGGAUGCGCUACGCUGCGAGUGCCCCAAAUGUGAUGAUCCACAUGCACAGCGUGAAACGGACACAAUGGACACAUUUGUGGACAGCUCUUGGUACUAUUUGCGCUAUUUGGAUGCCCACAAUACGGAGAGCAUUUUUGAUCUGACGCUAGCGAAAAACUUUAUGCCUGUUGACCUGUAUAUUGGUGGCAAGGAGCAUGCUGUGCUGCAUCUCUACUAUGCCCGCUUCAUGAAUCAUUUUCUGCACAAUUGCGGACUGUCGCCCACAUCUGAACCCUUUUCCCGUCUGCUCGUCCAGGGAAUGGUCAUGGGUCGCUCUUAUCGUGUCAAGGGCAGCGGCCGCUAUGUCCGUGAAUCGGAGGUGGAGAUUGUGAAUGCGAAAAAAAAUCAGGCUGUGCUUAAGGGGAGCCAGGAGCCAGUGGUCAUGAGCUGGGAGAAGAUGUCCAAAUCGAAGCUGAAUGGCGUCGAACCCGACGACAUGUUCAAUGAAUAUGGCACAGAUACAACGCGACUCAUCAUCCUGGCCGAUGUGGCGCCCACUUCGCAUCGCAACUGGUCCAGCGCCACUUUUCCGGGCAUACUCAACUGGCAGAAGCGAUUGUGGCUCACAAUGGAAGAGUUUCGUGCGGCUCGCGAGGAUUACGCAACGGAUGCUGUGGACACUGCCAGCGCGGUGUUUCGGGAGGACGAUGCAAAGCUAUUCGAUGCACGCAACUUUUAUGUGAAAGGCGCCACCUUCAACUAUCGCCAUGCGCAUCAGCUAAGUGUAGCCAUAUCCAAGAUGCAGGGUCUAACCAAUUCCAUAAGGCGUACACCCAAACAUAUCCAGAGUCAUGGCAAACAGUUUGAACGCGCUCUUGCCGCACAGAUCAUCAUGUUGGCACCGAUGGCGCCACACUUUGCCUCCGAGUUAUGGUCCAAGUUUGUGGCGGUGCCGGGUCGCCUGAAUGUGGAGAGUGAGGAGCUGCGUUGGACAGAGGAUGUGCUGGCUCAGCGCUGGCCAGAUGUGGAUGCUGGCUACCAGCUCGAUUUGAGCAUCAAAGUGAAUGGUUUCGAGAAUUGUGUGAUUAAAGUUGCACGCAACCAGCUAGACAAAGUUAGUCAUAGCGAUGCCAUGGACAUUGCCUUCAACACACAGUCGGUGACUUCGUAUCUCAUCGAUAAGAAAAUACGCACCACCAAUUUUGUGCUCUACCCGGGAAUCGAGGCCAUACUCAACAUCUAUGUGGACAAGCUGCAAAAGACGCAGAAACCAGCUGGAGGAAGUAGCAAUGACGCCGACAAAUUGCAGGCCAAAUAGUAGUCCAAUAAUGGUGAAGAUUAUGGGUUAAGUAGAGUUUGGAUUAUCUGUUAAUGUAGAUAUUUUUAUAUAUCUAGUAGCAAAGGUAGAAUUUGCAUUUAUUCAUAAAGUAGUCGCUCGGAAAUUGUAAUUUGAACUAAUCUUAAAUGAGAAUCGUAAUUUUAAAUAUAUUUCGCAUUGAAUUAUCUAGUGUUCCAUUUUUGUUAUUUCUGAUUUAUAUACAAAUAUUGAAUUUAAUGUUCGAAAAAUUUCAAUCAAUAAUUGUUAAUGAAAUUUAGAAUUUGGCAGAAACUAUAUGAUAUAAGCCUCAAAUAGGCAAAUCAUCUAUCAGAAAUCAUAAAUUGUACAUUUCCGAAACUGCAACGUUAGCGAGCGAUUACUGUUGUUGGUUAUAUGUAUCCUAACUUACAAGUCAAUCCUGGUUGCUUAGUUUCUAUUUAUUUUAUUUAUAUUUGUUAAUUAAGUUUAAUGUUAAUGUUAAAUAUAUAUAAAA